AUGGAACUGUUCUCCGAAGGAUCUGGUGAGCCCUCCCGCCGGCAACUCCCCUCCAUGGGUGGUAGCGGUGCCCAUGUGUCUUUUCGCGACAAGGUUUUGGGAGGGAAGAAGACCACGUCAGUGAGAGAAACAGUGAAUCUCAUUGAUCAAGGGAAAAUGAAGAUUGAGCAUGUAAACGGAAAUAGAAUGCUACCAAUGGUUGUUACUGAUGCUUCCAUCAUCAGGGAGCUAUGCUCUCCCUGGCAGGAAGCCUUGGUGAUCUCUCUGUUGGGAAAGCGACUUGGGUACAGGACCAUGAAGGCAAGACUAGCGUCAACCUGGAGGCUAGCGGGGGACUUUGAUCUCUUGGAUGUUGAUAAUGGGUUUUACAUGGUUAAGUUCGAUCUUGCUGGAGAUAGAGCCAAGGUUAUGGACGGAGGACCCUGGGUGAUCUUCGAUCACUACUUGGCAGUGGCUACUUGGAACAAGGAGUUUCUGUCUCCAUUAGCUAGGGUUACUAAAACCUUGGCCUGGAUUCGCAUACCAGGAUUAAAUGUUGUGUUUUAUGAUGAGAGCUACCUCCUCGGGGUGGCGUCAGCCGUCGGCAAACCUAUUAGGGUGGAUUCAAAUACCCUGCGAGCCGAGAGAGGAAAGUAUGCUAGAAUAUGUGUGGAGCUGGACCUUACCCUUCCAGUUAUUGGCAAGGUUUGCAUUGAGGGGAUUGCAUAG